CUCAUCGGACAGUAGGCACUAGCACGAGCCGGUCGCUAUAUAUAGAUAGCAAGAACGCGUUGCCUCGGUUUCGAAAAACAAUAAGUCCACCGUGCACACGCGCCCCGGCCUUACCAGUCAGUCUGACAUUGGCAAAAUGGCACCUAUGCCAACGCUCGCCGCGUCCUUCCUUCUUGGCAUCCUCCUCCUCUUCUACCCGGCCGCCGGCGCCGCCGUCCACCAUAGCGUCACGGCGACCACGGGCCUCAGUGCCUACGACAUCCCGGCCGUGUUCGCGUUCGGCGACUCGACGCUGGACACGGGCAACAACAACGCCCUCCCCACGGCGGUCCGCGCCGACCACGCCCCCUACGGCCGCGAGUUCCCGGGCGGCGCGCCCACGGGCCGCUUCUCCGACGGGAAGCUCCUCACGGACUUCGUCGUGGAGGCGCUCGGCAUCAAGGAGCUCCUCCCGGCGUACCGCUCCGGCUCCGGCGCCGGCCUCGCGGUCGACGCCGCCGCCACUGGCGUCUGCUUCGCGUCCGGCGGCUCCGGCCUCGACGACGCCACGGCCGCCAACGCCGGAGUCGCCACUUUUGCCUCGCAGCUCGACGACUUCCGGGAGCUCCUCGGGAGGAUGGGGGGCUCCAAGGCCAGCCAGGUGGUGGGCAAGGCCGCGUUCCUCGUGUCUGCCGGGACCAACGACAUGAUGAUGAACUACUACAUGCUGCCGUCCGGGAGGAGCAAGUACACGCUCGAGCAGUACCAUGACCUCCUCAUCGGCAACCUCCGGUCUCACAUUCAGAGUAUGUACGAUCUGGGCGCCCGGAGGAUCCUGGUGGCGGGGCUGCCGCCAGUCGGGUGCCUCCCGCUGCAGCUGACGCUGGCGGCGCUGCGGCAGCCGCCGAGGCCCGACGGCUGCAUCAAGGAGCAGAACGCGGCGGCGGAGAGCUACAACGGAAAGCUCCAGCGCAUGCUCGCUGGGUUCCAGUCCGUCUCGCCCGGGGCGAGAGCCGUGUACGCCGACAUCUACAGCCCUCUCCUUGACAUGGUUGACCACCCCGGCAAGUACGGUUUUUCUGAGGUGACCAAGGGCUGCUGCGGCAGCGGGCUGAUGGAGAUGGGGCCUCUGUGCACGGAUCUGGUCCCGACCUGCGCGAAGCCGUCUGAGUUCAUGUUCUGGGACUCUGUUCAUCCCACGCAGGCUACCUACAGAGCUGUCGCUGACCACUUCCUGCGAAGUAACAUCCUCCGGUUCGACAAUUGAAUGCCGGCUUAAUUAAGGCAGCCUCGCAGAGUUUGUGUCAAAUCUAAUCCCAUCAGUAAUACUUACUGUAUUGGAGUACUAGCUUGGUGACAAACGGAGAUAUGCAUGGUUGGAUUUAAGAGAUUGUACUUUCAACUCAAGCCAGCUUAAAGAGUCACAACAAAAAUUAUGUUUUCGGGGUAGCCAGCCUAGGUUCGAAUUCGAAAUCAUUUCAAUGUUGCAAUUUUUUUUUUUACGAUUGGGAGAUGGGCCGUUCGUUCAGCCGUAACACUUCGUCAUAAUUUCUAGAUCGUUCCAUUGGUGAUGCUUCAGUGA